AUGGCGUUUGUCUAUCUUGUUUUCUUUGCCUUAAUAUGUUCAGCUACAGCAGUUAUGCCAAAUUAUAGCCCAGCAAUUCAAGCAGACGGGUUAAGCCGUGAUGAAAUGAUCGAAAAGUAUUUUUAUCUUGGAUUGAGCAAUGCAGAAAUUUUGGGAUUCAUUGUGAACUUUCAUGGCAUUCGUCUGAGUCUACGGCAACUAAAGAGGAUUUUGAGAAGAAGGAAAUGCAAAAGACGAAAUGACCAAGACAAUCUUGAAGAUGUCGUCUGUGCAAUAGAAAACGAACUGAAGGGUAGCGGUAGUGUUAUUGGGUAUCGAUCGAUGCACCAACGUCUAACUAAUGAAUAUGGGUUAGUAGUGACAAGGAAUACAGUUCGACUAGUACUGAAAAUUUUGGAUCCAGAUGGAGUCGAAUCCCGAUCAAGACACCGAUUGAGGAGAAGGUUAUAUAGUGCAAAAGGUCCGAACUAUCUUUGGCACAUAGAUGGAUAUGAUAAGCUCAAACCAUUUGGAUUUUGCAUUCACGGUGCCAUCGACGGUUACAGCCGCCGUGUCCUAUGGCUAGAAGUUUCAUCAUCAAACAAUGACCCGGAAAUAGUAGGAAAAUACUAUGCCGACUAUGUGGAUACUAUAGGGGGCACGUCACGUAUAAUUCGGGCGGAUAGGGGCACAGAAAAUGUAAAUGUAGAGGCAAUGCAACGGUUUUUUCGCAGAUCAUCAGAGGACGAUUUUGCACGAGAUAAAAGCUUUAUGUACGGACGAUCAACAUCUAACCAACGAAUAGAGGCGUGGUGGGGAUUGCUGCGAAAGGGAUGUACUGAUUGGUGGAUACGUUUUUUCAAGGAUUUCAGAGACGUCGGUUUGUUCGAUGACGAUGACGUAAUUCAAAGAGAAUGCAUUAAAUUCUGUUUUAUGGAAAUAAUACAAAUUGAAUUACAUAAAGUGGCAAGGAACUGGAAUAUUCACAGAAUCCGACCUUCAAAUAAUGCAGAAUCCCCUCCAGGUCGUCCCGAUGUUCUCUAUUUCAAUCCUGAGACACUUGGCAGUCAGGACUACCUGAUACCUGUAGAUAUAGAUGAAAGAGAAAUAGCCGAGGAAAUGUGCUGCACUCAACCUUCGCCUCGAGGAUGCUCUGACGAAUUCAAUGCCCUUGCUGAAAUGAUCAUGGAAGAUGAAGGAUUACAAAUGCCUACUAAUGCAAAUGAGGGGAAAAACCUUUACAUUUCUCUCCUUAGGUUAAUCGAGGAAACCGAGAACGAUGAAUAA